UGACAUGCUUUACAUGCGUGGCGAGACAACGGGGAAUUGUGAAUCAGAAAGUGAAGUUUGUAGCAGCCCAGCGUGAGCGAUGGGUGGAACUCAGGCGUUGAAACGAAUUCCCCGCAUCAAGUUUCCCAACAGACUUACCAACUACGCUGCUUCUGGUUCUGCAUCCGAGACUCAAGCUGCAUCUUCAGCUAGCGAUGCUAAUUUGUCGUUCUUUUCAAGUUCAAAUGCUUCCGCGACAGUGGGAGGGAAGGCCUCUCUUCAGCCCAAAAGAACUCCAGUGUCCAAAGAAGAAAUAGAAGCAGUUUUGUUGGGUGGCUGCUUCUAAUCAAAAGUGUUCUGGAAAACGCACCUGUAUCUUGGACUUCUUUCUGUGACUUUGAUUCAUCAAACUUCUGACGAUGCUUACUUUUUUCUUUUUGUUGUUGGAGUGUUCUGUCCACUGAUUCAAAUUGUCAAUAAUGGAAUAUGACCAGGUUUGAACUUUGAAAUUGAGAACCGUGCUGUCCAUGUUAUUACUUCUAUAACUAGUCAAUUUACCUAGGCACAAAGUGCCUCAGUUACUUGUUAUACAUUUAAUUAGCAAGGAAAUGAGCAGAGUAAGAGAAGAAGAGCGUUUGUUA